AUGAUUUCUAAGAUAACCUUUAAUAACUUGAAUAAAUACAUUGCACAUAAAUUUACUCGUUGGGUGUUUUUCGAAACUUUUCUGUUUUAUUUACUUGUUUAAUAACGUCACAAAAAAAAAAUGCGGUAUCAAUAUAUUGGCCGUACGCAUGAUUUCGCUGGCAAAACGCUGUGGGAAAUACUUGGGAACUUAAAAAAUUAUGGAGUAGGACGACUUAUAAUUAGACAUAGAUUUGACAACUAUCCCGAACCCUGUUACAUCAAAAUAUUAAAAGUUGCGGCACUACCGAAUCCAGUCGUCGAAAUAAGACCUGCUUACAUCAAUACAAUCUGGGAGCGUACAUGUCUGGUUCUCUGUGAACGAGUUUUCCGAGGUAAAAAAUUCGAACAAUUGGUGCAAAUAAGCUCAGCGUCGUACAAAGCUGAUUACCAAUUAGUGCCUAAAGACGAAGAAUAUAAAUAUAUAGAUGCUACUAAACCAAGGAAAGAAGUCAUAAUUUCAAGAACAAUGGAAGUUCCUCCGUUGUUGCGAGAAGUUGCAAUUAGAAACCUCAAAGCGAAAGGAAAACCAGUCACUGAACCGCGAAUGGAUGUUGUUUUAAAUGAAUCCGGAAUUAAAACUUAUAGACUUGCUAAAGAAGGUGAAAAACCAACGCAUGUACCAACAAUUGGAAUUGGAAAAACGCCAAGUCCAAGUUUAUAUGCUAAUUGUAAACCAAUAUAAAUUUUAAAUAUUCAUAAGUUUGUACCGCUUAUUAAAAAAAUAUAUUGUUAUAGAUAAA